AUGACCGAACGCAGUUUGAGACAAGGAUCUCCCUCUAAUGUGCCGCUGAGUGAGUCUCCUUUGCCCGGGGAUUCUGCUGAGUCGGCCCUGCCUUCCAAUGCCCUAUCCUCAGUAGUCCCAGAGCCCAUUUAUGUGUCGAGAGAACAAUCCAGUGGGGUUUUGGCCAAAAGCGGUCUAAGUGCACUGCAGCAUACUCUAACCAGCUUGAACGUGUUUCAACAUCUUCCCAGGGAUUCUGUUAUAGGCGUGGACGACCUCACUCGCAUGAAGAUGGCAUUGCUCAGCGGUAUACCCGAGGAAGUCAAUUGGGCUCUACGGAAGUACCUUUCCUACAGUAACAAGGCACCAUAUAUGAUUAGUUUGAGAGAGAAGAAGUAUCUUUUACCACUGUUAACCCAGCUGAUCACAGGGGCGAAACCGCUAUUGCAGAAAUUAGAUAUGCCCUUGAACGCAAAUCGCGACAUUCCUCACAUACAGAGAUGUCUCAACACGAUUCUGAUACUACGAAAUAUGGCACAGGAUGCCGAAUCUACUCAGAUCUUGGCCCUGGAUACUAUAGUUAAAGACUUUAUUCUUACAGUGCUGUUAAUGGCAGACUCUGUGAACAAGGGCUCCUUUUUGCUUUAUUCGCAAAAUGCUCCGUUUUUCAACGAGCUACUCCACUACGUGAUUGACUUAAUGGAAGCUAUUUCGUCGUACAUUGCACCUGCGAGAAAAGACGACUUAUAUUUCCAGAAUAUGGUAUCCAUUCUGACUGACACGAACGACCGCUAUAUGGUGAUUUCAAUUCUACGGUGUCUAUCUAGACUGCUGGUUAGAUCUAAAGCCGACGAGGAAAGUGCUGCUGAUAAUCUUCAUGAUGAUAUACUUGAUCUAAUUGCUUCUUAUCUGUUGGUAGGUUGCGAUAGCGAGUUGAUUAUGGCAUCCUUGGAUUUUCUCUACCAGUAUGUCCUACCUGGUAAUGAGAGAAUAACGACGCUUUUAAAAAGUGAACGAAGGUUCGCCAUUCUGUCAGCUGCUUUGCCUAAUCUGCUGACAUUUGGGGUUCCGUUACCAGACUAUGAGAGGUUCAACAAAUCCAGCAUUAGAUUGAUCCCAAGAGUAAGACCUGCAGCACCAACUGAACCUCCAAAGUUAGAUAAAAGGCUAUUCUAUGAGGUGCUCGAAUUGAACGAACCCAUGAGAUCCACUGCCUGGUUGAGAUCAUGUUUCGAACCAGUUCAAGACGCAGAAGUUACACAAAUAAGUCUUUGGAGAGGUUACGAAUCUGAAUUUUCUCAAGCUGUUAAAGAUUCUGGAAGAAAACUUCUCCCGGCUGUUGAAUUCAUCAAAAACGUCUCGAAUACUUUUGAAAAUGCAUCCGCGAUGGUUAUCACAGACCAGGUUACAAACAAGAAAAGAUUUGUGAUAAAGGGCAUCCAGCCUCGAAGUUAUGCUGUGUCAAUUGCCGAAGGGGAUGCUGCGGCCCAUACUUCUGGAAAACAAGCCGUUACAUUUCUAAGUCCGACAGAUGGCAGCAUACACGAGGCAACUCAAAGUGCUCUUCCUAGCAUUCAAUUUCCCACAAAGUUGUCUGACGUUUCGAAGGCCAGCGCGACCUUCCUUUGCCUAAUAUCUAAUGACAAUGAAGGCUUUGGGUUUAGUUUCUGUAAAAGAGUGAAACCAAUUAUUCUUCAUACCUUGGCUGAUGUUCCACCACUUAACACAGCCCUAGCUGAAUACAUGGACAACAUUCCUGUCAAUUAA